AUGCUCGUCGAAGCCGGAUUCAGAGAGCGGUGCGCCGUCGGGAGUGACGAAGGCCAACGCGUCCGCGCCUGCCGGGCCGCCAACGCGGGCUCUCAUUUCCAGGUAGCGGCGUUUCAGGCUGACGCCCUCGGCCCCGGCGAUGGCGGUGCCUUCCAGCGCCUGAACGGUCAUUGCCACCAGCACGGACUUGGCAACGCCUUGCACCAACAGGGCACGCAGCAGCGCCUCUUGCCGCCCCUGAAACGCCUUGCGCCGAAAGGUCGUGCGCAGGCUGGCGAGAGCGUCGUCUUCUCCCGCCUCGCCGAAGGCGGCGCCGAAAUCGAGGCCCUCGGCGACCCCCCGAUUGACCUGAUCUGCGCACAUGUGCGCCUGUAG